AUGGAUAGAGACCACAACGUUCGCGUGUCGCAGGAUGGCGAUGGGACGCCUCUCGGUCGGCGAACCUCGGCUUUGGAAGAGGCAACCACAAUGGCACCUCCAGCUGGUUUUCCCGGCAUGCCUAUAACCACGCGUCGCCGAAGCACGGCUUCAUGCAUGGCACAAGAUGGUGAACGUCCGGAGGACCUCGAUGCUCUGGUGCGCAGUGCCUCGGCCAUCAGCAGGCACCAUUCGCGCGAGGCGCGCGACAACGUUUUUGAGCUGCCUCAGAUCCAAAGGCCACGGGUUGCGAAGCCAGGCCCCGUCGGCACAAUUCGCGAGGUGCCGUCAAACCUCAACACGCCAGUUACCACUCGCCCUCCAACACCGUCAGGAGGCUUCUCUGGAGACUACCCCCCUACGGUGCCGCAGCCACCAGCAUCUGGUUCUGGAACCGCCACGCCGGCUGAAUACGAGACGGGCGCCAACCAGGCCUAUCCUGAUGCCAGAGUGAUUAAGUCGUGGCGCGGAGCCAUGAUAUUAUUCUGUACGUGCGGCGCGCAGCUGAUGGACAACGUGUUCAUGACGGGUGUCAACAUUGCUCUCCCGGCCAUCCAGAAGGACUUCGACGUCAGCCCAGGCGACCUGCAAUGGCUGAUCUCUGCCAAUUACUUCGUCACGAGCGACCGUACACUCGCGCUCACGAUUUUCGCGUCGGCGGGUGCGGUCGGGUUUUGCCUCGGACUGAUUUUUGGAGGGUUUCUCUCCUCGUCCCUGGGCUGGCGCUAUAUCUUCUACGUUCCUAUCGCUGUGACGGGAACUGUUGGGAUUGUUGGCUGGGUCGUUCUUCCGAAAGACAGGUUAGAAGGCCAAGCUCGUCCCACGCUCGGUUUCGCUGGUGCUGGUCUCUCAACGGCAGGUCUGAUCCUCCUCAGCUUCGUGCUGUCUAGUGGUGGGGAGUAUGGCUGGGGCAAAGCUUUCAUCAUCGUUCUCUUGGUCUUGAGCGUCGCGAUGAUUGCUGCUUUUGCAUAUGUCGAGAAGAAGGUUUCGAAUCCCAUCAUGCCUUUAUCGUUGUGGAAGCUGGACAAUUUCGCCGCCUUGUGGAUCGGUGGUUUCGUUAUGUACGGUGGUUAUCAGACGACAAUCUACUACACCACUCUCAUAGCCCAGGAGGUCAACGAGCUCAGUGCAGGUUCGACCGCGAUCCGCUUCCUUCCCAUGGCGGCUGUCGGGUUCAUCACGAGCCUGGGAAUGUCCCGGAUGGUCGAGCGCUUCAACACCAAAUACCUACUGAUUAUAGGCAUGGCCAUUUGCGCCGUGGCUCCGAUUCCCUCGGCCCUCAUCAAGCCCGAAGACAUCGAAUUUUGGAAACACGUGUUCCCCACGACAGUCAUUAGCGUCUUUGGCACCACCAUUGUCUACUGCACCAUCACCGUCGUGCUUCUCGCUUCGGUGCCCCUCAACGUCAAGAGCCUCUGUGGCGGCAUGAUCAACACGGCAUUCCAGAUCGGCAGUGGUGUUGCUCUGGCGCUUGCGAGUGCCAUCGUGCAGGCUGUUGACACGAACAAGGGUCACGGAAAGCUGCAGCAGUAUGGCACAGGAAUGUGGUGCUGCGUUGGUCUGGCUUGUGUCGGCAUGGUAGCGAGCGUGUUCGGAGUCAAGAACGUUGGCAGGCCGCAUGGUGGCGGCCCAAUCAUGGCUCAUUAA